CAGGAAGGAGCUGGAGAGGAGACAUGACCGGGGCUCCGGGAGAGGAGGAGUGAGAUGCUGUAAACUCCCAAGAUGGUAAAGAUAUCAUCCUGAAAGAGAUCCAAGGAUCCUCUGAAGGUCAUCAAAUGCAUUCCAUACAGAAACCCUACCACCUGCCACUGCUCUUUAUAGAGAAUUGACUGCGUUACAAUUCAGUGGAAGAGCAGUUGGCGUGGUAAGAAGAUGCUGGGAUCUGAACGUGGAGUAGUGGAAGAAUGGCUCUCGGAAUACAAGGUAUUACCUGAAACACAACUCCCUGCUUAUGCUGCAACUCUUCAUCGAAAGAAAACCCUUGUGUCUGCGCUCUAUAAAGUUAUCCAAGACCCUAAUAACGAGCUUCUGGAGCCAAUCUGUCAUCAGCUCUUUGAGCUGUACCGCAGCUCUGAGGUCCGACUAAAGAGAUUUACAAUGCAGUUCCUACCAGAGUUUAUUUGCGUUUACCUGCGUCUCACUGCCAGCCGUGACCGACAAAGCAAUGGAUGCAUCGAAGCUCUCCUGUUGGGCAUUUACAACCUGGAAAUUGCUGACAAAGACGGGAACAAUAAGGUUCUAUCUUUCACCAUACCCUCAUUAUCCAAGCCCUCAAUAUAUCACGAGCCCUCAUCAUUAGGAUCUAUGGCGUUGACUGAAGGCGCUCUGAGCCAGCACGAUCUUAUCAGAGUGGUAUACAGUGACCUUCACCCGCAGAGAGAAACAUUCACUGCACAGAACAGGUUUGAAGUACUGAGUUUUCUCAUGUUGUGUUACAACUCUGCUAUUGUCUACAUGCCACCAUCAUCCUACCAGUCACUUUGCCGGAUGGGAUCAAGGCUUUGUGUGAGUGGCUUUCCAAGGCAACACGAGAAGCACUGGAAGGAUUUGUGCGGUCGGGUGGUGCUGGAUCCUGGCUUCAUGGUGCAGUUGUUAACAGGAGUCUAUCAUGCUAUAUACAAUGGGGAGUGGGAUCUUGGGCAAGAGGUCCUUGAUGACAUUAUAUACCGUGCCCAGCUUGAGCUUUAUUCACAGCCCCUACUGGUUGCAAAUGCGAUGAAAAAUUCACUGCCAUUUGAUGCUCCAGACACCUCCAAUCAAGGGCAGAAAGUCCUCAAGGUCGAGGUGACCCCAACAGUCCCUCGAAUCUCUAGAACGGCUAUCACCACAGCUUCUAUACGUAGACACCGAUGGAGGAGAGAAGAUGGUUUUGAUCUCACAAGCGACUCGAACCCUGGCUCCCCGACAUUGCGUAUCGCCACAGACCUAAGCACUAAUCGCGAGGGGGAUGUUCUUGUGUACAGGACCCCUGAGACCAACUCUCCAGAAGCUGCCACUAAGGGGCCUGAUGGCACAAUUGGCGGAGAGGACUCCAUACACUUGAAUGAUGCUGAUGAGGGUUUUUCAUCUGGGGCGUCAGUUAGCAGCCAGCCUGUAGGAGCCAAACAGACUUCAGCAACUCAGAGGAGUGGCUCAAGGAAAGGAGGUAGUGUGCGUUCUGUCAAGGAAAGAGAACCACCAACACCAUCAAAGACUAGUGAAAGUCUUCGAGAUGUAAUGCCUAGAAAACCACCCGUCCCUACAGCUGCUGACGCCACACUUGAAGGGAUAGAGUUAUCACCAAUGAAGAAGCACUUGAGCCUCCCAGCUGGUCAUGUGGUGGCAAAAGCCACUAGCUUAAGUCUGAUCAGAACCUCCAGCACUUCAUCCACAAAAUCAUUUGACUAUGUAAAUGGCAGUCAAGCUGGCGGCAGUGGUGGGGUAGAAAGUGUUACAAACCUCUCUGUCUGCAACACAAACCGGUUUUCAACUAUAAGCCUUCAAGAGGACCGGCUAGGCCAUUCAGGAGAGAAUAAAGACCUCUUGUCGCCUGGUGCACCUUUGACCAAACAAUCCCGAUCACCAAGUUUCAAUAUGCAGUUAAUUUCCCAGGUUUAAUUUUGUUUCUCAUUGACCGUAAACAGUGCAUAUUUGCACAGAAACAAAUAAUCCUCAUACAGCAGCCUAAAAUACUUAUGACUUGCCCCUUUUUACUCUUGAAAAAUUCUGUGUGCAAGAGCAAUACAAAUCCCCUUCCCUACUCUCCAUGCCCGUGAAUAGAACUAUCGUAAAAAGCGUUUAUUCAUUAUUUCUUUAAUUUUUUUUAUUUUUUUUUUUUAAUUCCUUAUUAAUUUGGGUCAAGUGCAAUGAAUGAACGUUCAGUUGGUCCAAUCAUAAAUUCUAGCGGAAAGUAUUUCAGUUAAAAUGAAGAUAAUGUAAUGAGUUGGGGGUUCCAACAAAUAAUGCAAAGCAUCUUUUCUGUACCAGAAGUUCAAAGGAGAUAUUUAAAAGGUCAAUUGACCGAUCACUUUGUGCAAUGCAUUUUUAAGUGACUAUGGUUACAUUUAUCAGUCUGCUGCACCUUUUGGACAAUUUAUGUAUGUUCCUUUCCAACCAGGGGUCCAUCAGCAACAACAUCUUUCACUGGAAGUCAUCAUUUUAGAAGUUAAAAAUAACCGGAAAAUAUAGAUUGCAAAUAUCUUAAGAAGACAUUUCUAUAACCCAUGCUACGUGUCUUCCCUUCAUGCCCUAUGGAUUUUGGGUUAGUGUGGCCCAUGGAUUCAAGAUUUCAGAAGACAAUCCGCACAUCCAAGAUAAUCCAAACUGACUUCUGUAUGAUAAUCACAAUUUCUCCUUGCCUAUGCUUGCUGUUGGAUGUCAAAUAACUUGUUGGGUAAAGAGAGGGACUUGUAGGCUGCAUUUACUUGCUGGAAAUCAGUCGUACAGCCUUCUCAGCUGCUCCCCUUCUGUCCUUCUCCCCAGUGACCCAUGCAUAGGUUUGUAUAUCCAUUUGUGCAGGCCAGAGAACACUAUAGGGAGUGUUCAGCAGCCUGUAAGAAUUGCUGUUGUGUAAAUCGAAGCUGUUUUCUUGGUGACCCUCUAGACCACACUGCCUUUGUGAUUACUAUUCAUUUUAUAUGUUGUGAUUAACGUUCCCAAAAUGACCUGUUGUUUUUUUAUUUUAAACAAGAUUGUCGUGGGCCUGAAGUUCAUUGCUUCUUUGUCCCGCAAUUCAGAAGAUAAUCUGAAUGCCACUUAUCCAGGUGUGAAUGUAUAAGGCUAUUCAGUGACCACAGUUGAAAUUAACCUCAUUAUGUUUGGUUUAAAUUUUUUUGUUCCUUUAUAUAUUCGUAUGGGCUUAUGUCGACCUAUUCUGCUUGUGGCAUUGUCUCCUAGAUGUUUACAGGGUAUCUGUCCAAAGGGCAGAGCCAAUAUACCAACUUAUAUUGUUUGUAUUGGCAAUCAAGUUUUGUAUGAGCCUGACCUAUUAUCAAGAUAAGCUGCCCUGUGAAUUUUGUAGUAUAGACAUGUAUAUCAUCUGUGAUAGCUGGAUAACGUCACCUUCUGCUGAAUACCCUUAAAUAUUCCUAAUGCUGUGUAGUUGCUGUACAGGAAUUUCUUUCCUUAUUAUAACCUCCGAUAGAACAGAUCCAUAUCUGCACAAGAGAUAAGUGUUGCUUUCAAAUCAGAAUGUUCAGUGCCCAACUUUCAGAACAUAAUGAUAAAUGAAAAACCAGUGAAUUCUAAAAGGUUCCAAAAUGUAUUUAAACAACAACAAAAAAAGCUGAAGUUUUGGUUUUGAAAGCUCUGUAUAGCAAGUUGGUUUUACAAAGAUGGUCAUGUAAAUCUAGUAUACUGCACAUAAAGAGAACAAUUUAUUUUAUUGUAGACAACUUGGGCAGGCAUUGGCUCCAUCCCAAGGUUACUGUUGAUUCAGCUGAGCUUACGGAGUGGAGUAGUUUCCAUGUUACUUUUUUUUUUUUCUGUUCAUGCCAUAUGUUCCACCAUUAUUAUGUAAGUGGUUUGGGUUAAUAUUUUUAAAUGAACAUUUAAAGUAGCUUUAUUUCCUAUUUAAGCAAGUCCCAUAUGGAGCCCCAGAUAGUUCUACCUCACUGCUCAGGGAUACACAACCAGGUGUAGGCAAGCUGUGGCACUGCCAUUGUUGUAGAUGGAUUAUAUUUGGCCUGCAGUGGUUAGCAGAACAUGCCGAGAGACGUGAUGCACAAAAGCUACGGUGCCAAAGUUUGCUUCACCUUGUUCACGUCUGGUCUUGAUCACAAGACUUUAAUACCUGAUACAUUUCAGAAAACCCAUUUGUGCUCAGGCAGAUAUGGUUUUAAGACUGGCUUAUCACCAAUAAUGAUGUCUAGCUCAUUUGUUUGAACAGGUAUAUCCACUGUUGCUAUAAUGCUUCAACCACUCUUGAGAAUCCAUUUAUUUAGCUCACCUCAAUAAGCAAUGUUAUAGCAUCAGUCUUGAUGUACCUGAUGCCUCAUAUAGAAAUACAUAAAUAAAGUCAAUGGACAGCUGCUAUGCUACACAGUACUGAAUAGAAAGGUAAUACAUUUAUAGCUCUUUAAUUAAAAACAAAAUAUUGACAGAAUUAUUGCAUGUAUAGCCCUGGUUGCUUUAAUUGUCAGAGGUGCAUAUUGCAGUCUGUUACGCUAGGACACUAUUGUGAAGGUGUUUAUUUUUAUGAUGAUUUUAAUCUAGAAAGAUGCAUGCUCACAGUAGUUGCCAAUCACUGGAUGUCAUCUGUUAAACAUUCAGUAAAUAAUGGUUAAUUUAAAGGAACUGUAACUUAUACUUGGAAACAUCACUGCUUGUCUCUGAUAGUCGGCUGGUGGAUUUAUAUUCCAUGGUUCGUUUUAAAUACAGGUAUGUCAUGACAUUGCCUCAAAACUGACAAAAUAGUGGUUAUCAGUUAUUAAUAAUUAUUAAAAGUAUGGGAUGUUAAUGUUUUAAAUUAACUCUCCAAGCUCUGUUGCCCCUAUGUCUAUAGGAGAAGU